AUGGAUGUCGCUUCUUACUUACAGUAAGUCAACGUAACAUGUAAAGUGACUUUGUGUCUGCUUCAUGUUAGCGGUUAUGUUGGACGGUGCGAUCUCUGCUGUUAGCUUUACUUUAAAGCAGCAUCUGGUUGAAAUUAUAAAUCCACGAUCUUUGCUUUCAGGUGUUUUGAGAACAGUUUGAGCUCAUACACAGGAGAAGACCUGCUGGAACCAUGGGACAAGUGAGUAUUUUGUCUGUGCAGAGAGGAUCCGGGUUGGUUCUGGGCGUGUUUGAUUGUACUGACAGAAAACAAAGCACUCGUAGCUUUGAAUCUUCAUCAUAUUUCCACAGACUUAUCUUACUCUUGUUUAUUUUCUUGUUAAGUGCAUACCUGCCUGCUUUUAAACGUCUGUAACUACAGCUGAAGAGCUUCAGAUGUACAUCUUACUGCUCCCAGAGCUGCACUGCCCUCUCCUUUUUUUGUACACUGAACAAAAAUAUCAACUCAACACUUUUGUUUUGCUCCCAUUUUUCAUGAGCUAAACUUAAAAAUCUCAGACUUUUUUUCUAUGUACACAAAAGGCAUAUUUCUCUUAAAUAUUGUUGACAAAUUAGUCUAAAUCUGUAUUAGUGAGAACUUCUCCUUUGCCAAAAUAAUCCAUCCACAUCACAGGUGUGGUAUAUCAAUAUGCUGAUUAGACAGCGUGAUUAUUGCACAGGCGUGGCUUAAGAUGGCCACAAAAACAAAAAUGUUGUAUUUAUAUUUUUGUUCACUGUAGUUAAGGAUGCAGUGUCUGUGAUUUCCAAAAAGAGUCAAACUUCUCAUUAGAUCACAAGACAUUUUCCCAUUUAGGUUCAUUCCAUAUUUAGAGGACCCAGUGUUUCUGGGAUAUAUUAAUAUACAGUUUCCUCUUUGCAUGGUACAGGUCAAACCUGCAUUUGUUGAUGCAAAAACCAAACAUGUUGUCACACUGUUUCUCUGUCAGCUCCUCCAAACUGUCUGCGAUAGACACGAACCUAACCAGUGCAUGAUUAUGAGAUGCCACAGAGAGGAGAGUUAGCCUUCUGGAGGGCGGCUUGAGCAUUGCAUUUAUAAAACUGCACUUUCUUAAAUGUUUGUGCAGUCAUAUUUAUAAGUUCUUCGGAGCUUAACUGCUGCAAAACUAUAAUAAAGUAACAGCUUUAUUCACUAAAUUUUAAAACGGCUCAAGUGCUGUACAAAGCAACACAGAGUAAGUUACCUGGUAACUUCACUGAAAAGCAUGUGGUAUUUGAAAAACAACCUAACCUCCCUUUGUGUUUCUCUCAGGUUUGUGGAGUACCUGGAGCAGAACUUACCUGCAGACAGCAGAGACAGGAUGUCGGUGGUGUUUGACAAUCUUGUUCAGAGAUUUAUUGACAUCAAACAAUACGCCAACGACACCAGAUAUGUGAACUACUGCAUCAGAUGUGUAAGUCUGAUCUAGCUAUUCCAGAACCCGAUUUUCUGGACAUCUCACAUGGACAUUUCUGAUUAUUUUUCUGUCUUACAGGCAAGUUAUUACUCGGACCCCAUCGCUCUGUACAGCCAUAUCUACAGUAAAGGCAUCGGCACCAGGACAGCCUCCCUGUAUGUGGCGUGGGCGAGGCAGUUUGAAUAUAGGGGCAUGAACGAGCAGGCUGAUGCUGUUUACCAGAGAGCCAUGGAGAACCAAGCCCAGCCUGGUGACGCUGUUCUCAGUGAAUACAGGUAAAAACAACAAAAACACGGGUACACCAGGCAUCAUUUAAGAACAAUAGAGAUUACCAGAAGAAGAACAAGAGGGAAAGAGGAACAAAAUGUCAACACUUUGUGGUUCUUGUACACUUCUACAAAUGUUAAUUGUUGUGUAGAGGUUUAAUUUGGGUGUAGUUUAAUAUUUGCACAGGUUUCAAUUUUAAUUUCUGAACAAAUGUACUUUUACACAUUUAUUACUACCAUACAUGCUGUAGUUAAAAUUUUGCUUUUGCACAAGCUUAAUUUGUAAAUAUGGGCGGGAAGGUGUUACUUUUUUUUUUAUUCAACAGUCAAGUCCUGAAAAAUCAUCAGAGAGACAGUUUCGUGGUGGUUUUGGAUGUUAAACCCCCGACACGCUGUGUUCUCUACUGUACUUCUGAAAUUUAGCAUUUUUCAGCAUUAACACCUAACUCUUACUGGGUGUUAAAUAGUUUUUACAGUGUGCUCUGUGGAUUUAUACAUGUGCUGAAACUAUUAUGUGAUCUACAGGCAGUUUCAAACAAGAGCAAAAACACCGGCACAAGUAUCAGGUGAGAGUUUAUUACUUAUUAUUAUUAGUUUUUUUGUUUGUUUGAAAAUUUGACAAGAACCUUUUUUUUUCUUUUUUUUUUAAGAGUUUGAUAUCAGAUACUUACUUUAUUUUCCAGAUACAGGAGCCCGAACCCCGUUGAAAAACUCUCAUUUAACCAAUCAGAUGACCUGUCACAGAGAGCCAGCAGCUCAAAACAAGGUCUGUAUCUUUAAAUAAUCACUGAAUUAAAUCAUUAAAUUAAUAUCUCAUUUCUGCUUUUAAUCCACUGCCAUUUUUCAUUCUCUAGGCUCCAGUUGAGUGUCCACCCAAACCACCAGCUCAUAAAACUACAGUGUUGUAAGUUAAUUUUCAUCAGUAGCUCUUUUUUCAUUCUGAGACUCAUCAGCAGUCCAAGAAUGAAUGACAGCGUUUGUGCUUCUACACUGAGAUAUGAAAUACACGUGCUGUAGUUUGAGAUAUUUACCCUUACACCAUUUAAUCUCCUCUUCAGUGUGUCCCGCUCUGAGACUUCAGGAACGAUUCCUUCGUCGCAGAGCACCGGCGUUAAGAUCGUGUCCGAGUACAUGGUCGAGGAACUCGUCUGUGAAGGAUCCGAACUCUGCUUCGAGGAGGUCAGAGCGAUGAAAUACUUCAGCAAGCUCAAAGAGAAACAGGAAACGGCGAAACAGGAAACGGCGAAACAAGAAGAGCCGGAGAAAGAGCUCGGAGUUAAAGGUGAGCUGAUGGAUUUGGAUCAGGAUGAGUAAGAACUUUUUAAAAAAUGAAUGAGGAAAAGAUUUCACAUGGCAUUGAUGUACAAGUUAACAAGUUUGGGCUCUAGGAUGGAGCCUUGUGGGACUCCACAGUCAACGUUUCUAUACUCAGAUGUAGCGCGAGAAACUCCACCAUUACCGUCCUUUAUCCAAUAACUACUCAAUUAAUGCUUCCUCUCAUACCAUAUGUUUGCAGUUUUAUAGCACUGAAUGUUUUUUUAAAUUGAUAAACACCUCCAGUUGUAUAUUUUUUACCUUUUGCUCUGAUAUUUUUGAUCAUGUUAAAGCUGCAGUGAAUUUGUUUGAAAGUCACACUGACUCACAUAGUUUAUUUAUUCUUAUUCAUCAAAGAAUGAAUCAAGUUCUUACCGUCUGUGUUUCAAAUUAACUUUAACUUUUGGCUUCAUUUAUGAACUCGCUGUAAGGUGUUUCAAACCUUUCAUCAGCUUGUUAAGUAAAUAUUUUAUACAUUAUAAGUUGCCUUUGUAGUAACGUUUUUUUUUUUUUGUUCUGUUUGCAGAGGAGGAGGCGCUGAGGAAGAUUGAGGGGGGGCUUCAGGACUUCAAGAUGAUGGUGCAUGAGCUAUUAACCAUGCAAGGAUUGUCCAGCCAGCCGUCAUCACAUCAGGUGAGGCUGAUCAUUGAUUCUUUCUUUUCCUUUUCUGUUGUAUUGUUAUGUGAGUUUUAUUAUUAUCAUCAUCAUAAUUAUUAUUCUAAUUACAGCCACCAUGCAGAGCCAUCCCUAAACAACCUCCUCAGCUGACCAACGCUGAGGACGCUAACACAAACGCUAUGAGCGCAGUCAGGUCUCUUCAUCCCUCAGUCCUGCCUGACAGGAGCUUUCAUUUACCUGAAACUGCAGCAGCAUUACUGUCCACGGACCAGGUCUCUGUGGUUCAGACUUCAGUGAUUCAGCCUCAGUCUGUUCAUCAGCCUGCAAACUUCAGUCCAGUAAACCAGUCACUCCACACACCUCCUGUGAACUCUGAAGAUCUUCGUCAGGAUGGUGGAAGUCAGCCGAGCGGCUCGGAGCGCUGUGGACCACAGGAGCACAGCACCACAAACCUGUGAGUAACACGAUAAAGUCAUUCAUAUCAGUACUGAGAGGGAGUGACUGAUGAUUUUAAAGGUUUGUUAAUACGAGUCUCUCACCUAGUUCAGACUGGGAUUGCACCUGUUUUAAGAUUGUAUAUCUAAAAAUCAAGAAUCGGUCUGAAACAUGACUGGAAAACUGAGUUUAAGUCCUGUUUUACCUUCUACUGACAAGGAAACUGAUAUUUAUGGUUAUAGAAAAUGUUACCUGAAGACUUUGUGUUUCUGUUCCCCUUCAGGAAUGUCGGUCACCCCCCAGAGCCGGAGGAGAACCUAAACAGUAAGUGAAGCUUUUGUCUGCGAGUUCAUCCUCUUCCUUCAAGACCUGGGUAUCUGAAACCUCCUCUUUCUCACUCUCAGUGUCACAGGGGGGCACAGCAAACCUCUCUCACAUCACUCCUAACACCUCUCUGGGCUUCGUUCAGGCCACACCGUCACGGGUGCUGCCGUCACCCACCGUCAACACACGGGAAGCACUGGGUGAGCACCAGGAGCUUUUUUCUUUAAUGUUCAGGAUGUUUGAUCUCUGUUAGAGUCACAUAAGUGAGAGUUUAAAUUUAGAAAUCUACUUUUCUUAUGCUGCUUGCUCACUUGUCACCAGAGAAAGUGGAUUUAAGUGUUUGUGCUGCUAAAUUUCUGCACCUUUGUUGCUCUGUUAAGACUCGAAAUCUCAGUUUUCAUGAAUGGAUGCAGCCUGAAGGCCAUAAAAGUCUACACCUGUGCAGUUUUAGUAACGAUUCACAGUAUUCUGUUGUUUCAUUUCUCACAGAGUAACAUUUGUUGUGGUUUUCUCUCCUCCAGACGUGAUCAUGGACAUGUUCCAGACACCGGCACUCUUCGCGGACUCGUUCAGCAACGCAUCAGUGCUGCAUGCUUCAGAUAGGGAGGCGGAUCCAGGCUACUCAAGAAAUGGUAAAAAACACUGCAGACAGAAAUUAAAAAUGAAAACUCUGAUUCCUUUGAGGCGAUUCACUUAAACUGUAAAGAUGGCUCACAAGAUCCCUGUGUUUGGCACAAAGUGGAAGUGACAUCUGUUUGUUUUAGCUGUCUUUCCAUGAUGGACCGCUCCACUGCUCCUCUUUCUCCAAGUUUUCCUGCAGCUUUCUGUCUGUUAAAUUUUUGUCUUUUGUUGUUGCAUUUAUAGGAACUGUUCCCUCUUUUCCCAAACCUGCAACCGCAGCCCCGUUCACCAUCUUCCAGGAUAAUGAGGACAAGGAAAACGGCAGGUAAAUAAACUGAACCAGACCACCAUAGUCAGCAACAUCUAAGUCAUGGAGAUCCUUAAAAAAUGAUUGGAAAGUAAUUUUUUACCAAGUCUGCUUGGUCGGAAAUUCUGUUAUCCAACAGAGCUGAAGGCUGUGUUUAAAAUAUAUCAAUUUAUUUUUAAUGUUUGUGUAAAUGUGCUACUUUUCCCUGUGCUCAGUGCUGCUGCUGCUUCAGUUCAGAAGUCUAAACCAAUCAAAGCUCUGGCUGAGAUCCCCGUAUCCACCAAACCUAACGUGAGUAUAUCAAUCAAUCAAUCAACUUUAUUUCUAUAGCACAUUUUAAAAUAACCACAAGGGUAGUCAAAGUGCUGUACAAUGAUACAUAAAACAAAUAACACAAAGAGCAAGAUAAAGUGAGCAGAAAUACAUUAAUGCAAGGGGAUAAAUAAGUAAAUAAAUAAGCAGGCUCACGGCAGGUGCUAAAAUGAUAAAAAACAAAGUAACACUAAAAAGUAUCAAAAGCCAAGGAGUAAAAGUGUGUUUUUAAAAGGGAUUUAAAAACAGGAAAUGAGGAGGCCUGUCUGAUAUUCAAGGGCAACUCGUUCCAGAGCUUCGGGGCAGCAGCAGCAAACGCUCUGUCCCCUCUGAGCUUCAGCCUUGUAUAUGGGACCGUCAGUAGCAGCUGAUCGGCUGAUCUUAAGGGUCGGGGUGGGCAGUAAGGCUGGAGCAUUUCAGAAAUGUAAGGUGGAGCAAGAUUGUUCAGGCUUUUAAAAACAAAUAUUAAAAGCUUAAAAUGAAUUCGGUACUGUACAGGGAGCCAGUGUAAAAACAGUGACGCCACCCACAGUUAUCAUGAGUUAGCUGGAUCUCAACACAAGCAGGCGUAUCGAUACACAUAAAUCAAAGUGAUGUGUAGUGAGAGAAAUGAUAGUUGGAGUGAUGCCAUCAAAGAGUUUGUCCAGUAGAGGUCAGUCAAACUCCUGAGCCAAGGAUCCUCUCUGCAGUGCAGGUUGCAGAGCAGACACCGGUGCUCACAAAAUAUUCUGUAAUAUCAAUUUUUCUUAAAAAGGCAGUUUGAAAGUUUGAAAACCUUUGCAAAGUCAUAAGGGUUUAAAAUGCAUAAAGAGAGCUUGUAAAAUCUCUAUUUGUCAGCAGAUUAUCAUCCAGUAAACUUUAUCCCCCUGUUGUCAGUUUUAAGAAAUCCCACAGUUGCGCUCUGAUGGGUUUUCUCCAUGUCGUGACUUCAGGAAAUCUCAGUCCUUCUGUUGUUUUAACACACAUUCAGAGCACAUGUUGUCCACAGUGGUUUUUCUGACAGUCUGUGUUUCUGGUCCAGGACACUCCUCCUGACCUGAUGCCAGAUGAGAGCACCACGUGGGGAGCCCGCUACAACUCCCUCAACUCUCUGGCUGCCUGUCCAAACAGCACCACAGACUUCUGCAUGCUGGCUCAGUUCGUCUCCACGCCGUUCACGCACAAAACUCCCGCCAACGGCAACUUUUUCCAGGACCAAGGUGCAGAACCAGAACACAGACUCCUUAGCCACCACCUUCAAACGCCUUUAAUAUCUGACAGAAUACAUGACCUGUAGAUAUUCAGAAAUUAACCUUUUAUUAAAAAUUAACCUUUUUUUUCUCUCCAGAGAAUAACUGUGACGGGGGUGACGCUGAUGAUGAAGCUUUUCUCAGACGUCAGACCAAAAAACUCAGGUAAACAUCUAAAAGGACUAUAUACAGGUGACUAACAGCACAAGGUAGUUAGACAAAUAUUACAUAUGUGUGUAUAUUUAUAUUCAUAUAUAUUCCCAGACUAAGAGAGGACCCUGUUCACUAGGGCUGGGAUGAUAUGCUUUUUUCCCGAUUCGAUUCUUCUAUGAUUUUGUUUGUAUGCUGAUUUGAUUUAAAUUGCGAUUCUAUGAUAUUGUCCAUUUUCUUGGUUUUUUAGUCUGCAUUUUUAACACCAGUGAAACAGUUGAAUGAUUAUGAUUAUCUACAGAUUAUUCCAGGAACCAUAUUUACCAAAAAAAUACACAUUACAUGUAAGUUAGUUUUAAAGAUUUAUUUCUUAAAUUUUGGGGAAAGAAAAUCAUUUUUUUUAACAUAAAAAUCAAUUUAAAAACAAAAAAAUAACAAAAAAAAUCGCGAUACUUAUGUCAAUCGAUUUUCUCUACCACCUCCACUGUUAACCCCAGCACGCCCCCUUUUUCAAGAUCAGUUUCUGAAAAACUAACAAAAGCUUUGUCGAUACAAAGUUCUGGACCAUCACUGUGUCUCUCAAUCAUUCAUCCUCUUUGUGGUGGGGUUGUGAGUGACGGUUCAGUCAUUAGCAGCUCAAUACAGAUCAAUGGUCCCUUUUAUUUUCCUGGACAACGAUUGACGAUCUGAUAAUUAUGAUACUCUUUAAGUGCCGAAUGACCUCCACAGACAUUUUAAAAAUGAAAAACACAGAGAAAAGACAGCAGUCCACACGUCAAUAACAGUGUUUUAAGGAAAAAUAAUCUCCGUCUCUGAUUGGUGUCCUCUGUUCCCUCUUUCAGCCCCAUCAUUGAGCAGAGUCCGUCCAAUGAGACACUCUCUGAAACCGCCAACGGUAAACUUGGCCCGAUCUCUGAGAGACAGGGCACCAUCGUCUGUGAAGGCCUCGCGACCUCCUCCAUCACCAUGGUGCAGCCCCCACCUCCUGCUGUCCUCUCCUUCAGAGACCACACCAUCUGCCCCACCGAGUCCUCCAUCCCCAGGACCACAGGACCUAGCUGGGAGGUUUACACAAGUCCGGAGCAGCCUGUGAAACAGGCCUCUAUGAUCUUACAUCCACCCAUGAGUUCAGUCAGACCCAGAAGAGAGGCUUUCACCAUCAUGGAGGAUUUAGAUGAACCUGCAAGUCGAGAACAAGCACCAAAAGAGGUCUGUGAUGUCCCCAUGAGUCCAGAUGGUGCUCUCAAACCAGACUGGCCACCCAUCAGGAGUCCUGAGGUCACGGUCGAGCCCGACCUGGACGCCUUCCUGACUCCCCGUCGUCGCACAGUCCACAACAAGAGCGUGAACGUCCCCAUGAGUCCAGAGCAGCUGCAGCCGUGUGCCGACGUGCCCAUGAGCCCGAUGCACUUCGGCGCCGAGGAUGAACCCAUGAUGAGUCCAGACAGAGGAGCGAGAGCGGGUGCUGAUGUGUCCAUGAGCGCACCGUCAGAGAGGACAGGAUUGGCUCAACUGAUGUCCAACCCCUGGGACGAUAACCUGAUCUAUCACCUGCUUUCAACCCUCAGCCCUCCCCUCACCUCUCACCCCGGCUUCAUCAGCUGGCAGUGCAACAUGCCCAGCAUCUCCCCCAAGAUGACCAUCAGCAUGGGUAAGAGGGAACCCUUUAUCAUGUCCCUGCAGAGGAUAAAAUAUGAGGAAUGGAGCUGCUCUGAAGUCUAAUUUAGCACGAAUGUUGUGAUAUUGACGGUUGACGUUGUGAUUUCCUAAAACGAUCAACCAGAAGAUGUGUGAUCGAACUCAAAUAUUUUCUCUCUGACAGGAAAAGCAUCACUGCGGGUCCACUGUGUUCUUGGAGAAGGAGCUUUUGCGACCGUCUACCAGGCGGCUGACCCUGUGACCUCUGAGAAGGUCGUGUUGAAGGUAAGAUGGUGGGGAUGACGAUGAUUUUACCAGCUCCACCCGGCGUGUUUGAUCCGUGUCUGUACCGUAAAUCCCGUUUAUUUCCUCCUCAGCCUUUGACUCCCAUCCUUUCUUUAUUGGGGUCAAAUCUUUUGUUUUGAUAGAAUUAUAGUUUGUGUUUCUGUAGAGUGGUAACAGGAUGCAGUGAAACCAUGAGAGUCUUGCUCAUGUGAAAACCCGAUCCACACUCUUUCCCUGUCUCGAACUAUUGUGCAGGUCCAGAAGCCGGCCAACCCCUGGGAGUUUUACAUCAACACUCAGCUGGACGCUCGUCUGCAGCCUGACGUCCGUCACCUUUUCAACAGCAUCCGCUCCGCCCACCUCUUCAGAAAUGGGAGCAUUAUGUUAGGAGAGCUGCACAACUACGGCACCCUGCUGGUACGAUCACACCGACAGAGACUCGCUGAGCAAACACAAACUCUGUUUUCGCUGAACUUAAACUGUGUCUCCACCCUCAGAACGCCGUGAACAUCUAUAAAACCCUGAGCGAUAAGGUCAUGCCUCAGCCGCUCGUCAUGUACUUCACCGUCUGCAUCCUGCACAUGGUGGAGAAGCUGCACAGCAUCCACAUCGUCCACGCCGACAUCAAACCUGACAACUUCAUGCUCGGAGAGAGGUGAAGAUGAGUUCCUUUAUCUAAAACCUGGACCCUUAAACCAGUUUAAUUUAAAAGUUUAAAUGUGCAGAAAGUCACUAAUGUCACUGUGUUUUAAGGUUCUUGGAGAAUAAAUGUUUUGACCCGGAGAGCCUGGACCACGGCCUUGCAUUAAUCGACUUCGGGCAGAGCAUCGACAUGCAGCUUUUCCCACGAGGCACUGCUUUCACCGGGAAGUGUCUGACCUCAGGGUUUCAGUGCACAGAGAUGCUGAGCGGGAAACCCUGGAACUACCAGGUGAGGACACGUGAAAUCAUUAUUUUAUCUCCAGAGAUAAUCCAACCUAACUUUAUCUUGAGGAAUUUCUGUUUAGAAACAUUUAAUUGUUCCUGGUUAAAAUCUUGUAUCUCUUAUUUUCUGUGUUUAGACGGAUUACUUUGGGAUAGCAGGGACGGUGUACUGCAUGCUGUUUGGGACCUACAUGCAGGUCUCAAAUGAAGGCGGCGUCUGGAAGACAAACGGAGUAUUCAGAAGGUAAUAAGACACUUUUUUUUUUGAGUUAAGUUCACAAUGUUUAAUCAAGUUUUUAUACAUUGAAAUGAAACUAUUUUUAUGAACACCCGGGCUUUAAAUCAACUUCUCUCUCUCAUUCAGAAACCCUCACAGCGACCUGUGGCAGGAGUUUUUCCACACUCUGCUCAACGUCCCGGACUGCAGCUCCCUGCCGAGUCUGCCGAGUCUGCGCUGGAAACUGACCUCCGUCCUGCAGCAGGACUACGGCAGCAAACUGCCCACGCUUAAAAGCCGGCUGCUGGUGCUGCUGUUGGAGAACCACAAGGCGGCAAGGAGAUGA